GGCAACCUGCGCGCACACAGCCUUCUCAUAGUAAAUCAGUUGCCUUCAGACCACAGCGUCGAUCGGUGUGGCGAUAUUUUAAAAGUGUGAUUCGCGUGUGAUCUUUUUUUUUUUUAAUUCCGUGUUAUAUUUCGGAGUAAAUAAAGGUUUAAUAUAAUUGGAUAGUCAACAGGAAAAUGCGUGAAAACCUCUCAUGACAGUUGGAAUUGAAAACACGAGCGGAGAGAAGAUGGCGGUCUCGAACAAUUCAUUCGCGAAAACAUACAACCGCCUGUUUGUUGAAUUAGCAGAUCCUCGAACUAAUGAUUGGUUCCUCAUUAAAAGCCCGAUACCAGGGCUCACCAUAAUAGGAUUGUAUCUAUACUUCACAUUAAAAUGGGGUCCACGUUACAUGGCUGACAAAAAACCUUUUCAAUUCCAGAAGACGUUAGUGGUAUAUAACUUUAUACAAGUUUUAGUUAGCUGCUGGUUGUUUUACGAGGGCCUCGACGCUGGUUGGUUGAGGACUUAUAGUUGGAAAUGUCAACCAGUUGAUUUUUCGUCGACACCUGAAGCGUUAAGGGUAGCACGAGGUGUUUACAUAUAUUUCCUGGCGAAAAUGUCAGAACUACUCGACACGGUGUUCUUCGUUAUACGAAAGAAAGAACGUCAGAUCACCUUUUUACAUUUGUACCACCACACCGUGAUGCCUAUGAUAUCAUGGGGAGCGACCAAGUACUAUCCUGGAGGUCAUGGAACUCUGAUAGGAGUCAUCAACUCCUUCGUUCAUAUAAUAAUGUACACAUAUUAUAUGCUGGCGGCAAUGGGACCUCAAUACCAGAAAUUCUUAUUCUGGAAGAAAUAUAUCACAACAUUGCAAAUGCUCCAGUUCUGCAUCGCUUUUAUUCAUUCCUCCCAGCUGCUCUUCUACGACUGCGGCUAUCCUCGCUGGUCUGUCGUCUUCACCCUCCCAAACUCCAUCUUCUUCUACUACCUCUUCUACGACUUUUAUUACAAGGCAUACGGUAAACCGGGAGACAAGAAAAAAGUUAAGAAAAAUGAGGAAAUCGUCAAUAAACAUACGAAGUCGAAUGGAAUUGCAAAUGGCGUUAAAUCCGAAAACGGCAUAGUAAACGGAAUCCUGAAUGCAGGGAAGAAGAUAGAUUGAUUCAAACAAGGGUACAUAUUGUAAAUAUAUUAUCUUAAUACGUGUACCAUAUUUUAAAGGGAUUUUUUUAAUAUUAAAAUGUACUUUAUUUUUAACGACUUGACGUACCCGGAUAAAUGUUUUUUUAGUCUACGAAGCUGAUAAAAUACCACACCAGCAAAAGUGUUUCCAAAAAUGAUUGUGUCCUACAGGAUAAUGAUUCAUCGUGCUAGUUAUCAUUUGAAAUAUUAAAUAAAUAGGUCUUUUAGCAACCGCAAAUAAGUUGUAAGGCUUAGAAGUAUAUUUUUAUACUUCUCGAUUAUUAUAGUAUUAGAUAUAAAAAAAAUCAAUUUUCGGUGAUAGUCACACCUUGGUUACCAAUUUUAUGAGGAAUUAUGGGUUUAUAAUACAUAUAUUAAACAUAAUCUAGUUGUAAUGACUAGUAUUCAUGUUUGAUAGGCUAUUUUAUUUUUGGUCAUAUUUACCAAUAAUUAUAUUAAGCCAUAUAGAAUUAAGUGGACGCAGAAAAUAUUUAUUAAUUUUAUUUUGAUAGAUGAUUUUCUGUUAACCACCCAAAAUAAUUUGAAAAUAGAUCUAGACAGUUUUGUAUAUAAGUACGAUAGUUUUAAAUAUAUGAUAUAAUAAUAGUAUUUUUUCCAAAUAUUUCAUUUUUAUUUGUUAAAUAUACUUUCAAUAAAAAUGUGCUACUUCCAUUCCGCCUCGAUGAGAACUCCGUCUUUUUUAAUUGUAAGUUAUCAAACUGAAUAUUACGUGACACAAUAAAAAUAUCCCAAAGAGUUUGUACUCUAUUGAUGUUUUGUAAAAGCAACUUGAACGGGUCGUAAUAUGACAGAGUGAUAAACUACAUUGACUUCAAUAAUUAAUUAUAAUAUUUAAGUUUGAUUUCUCGCUAGCAGCAUUCGUAUAUAAUGUAACAAUCUAAGGUUUAAUUUUGAAUAUUCGCCUGCAGUCGAAUUAUUUCUAAAUCUGUAAUGCGCUUCUCACUCAUUUACGUAAUCUGACCUGUUACAAUACAGUCGAAUGCUCCUGGAUGAAGAACCACCCUAAAAGGACUUAGAUUGGUUCUUAGGGCGUAUCAAAAAACCGUAUAGCUGUCACGUCGGAUGCCAAUAUUCAAGAGAGAGGUAUCUCACUAUCUCUUUCAAAAUAGCAUUGCUCUAACUAAACAAUAUAAUAUUUUUUUGCCUGAAAAUAGUUUUUUACUUAUGAUGAAAUAUUUUAAUUAUAUUAUGAAUUUUGGCACACACUUUUUCUAGGGAAGGUGAUAGUUUUCAUAACAGCCACUUACUAAAUCAAAACCCUAUCAGAAAUUUAAAAGGAGAGGUUUUUUGACUUGUGUUGUUAUUUAAUUAAUUGUUUACACCUUUGAUUAAUUAUUUAUAUGUGUAGUCUGUCAAAGGGGAUAAUGUGAACAGUUGGCCACUAAGUACACGCACACUAGUAAAGUAGUAUGACAUUUUUGACGAAUGUCAAGAGUAGCUGUCACGUACACCAAUAGGAAUGUUUUUGUAGCGCAACACUAUCUAAAGCUAAAAAAUAUAUAAUUUAAAAAUGAUCGAGUUUGAGGUUUCGAAUGGAAAAAAAAUGUCUUCCAAAUAAUAUAAAGCAAUAUUAUGAACUAUAUUAUUUGAAUUUUCUUAUUAUAUAUUUUUUUAAAUUUUGUCUGUGAAUUUUAUAAGUUGUUUUAUUUUUUUUUAUUAUAAGAAAUAUUCUUCAUAAUGUGAUAAAUUAUGUAUAUAAGGUAUUUCUAUCGUUAAAAUACGCUGUUAGUUUUUUAUACAAUAAAUAUAUACAUACAAUUUAUUUCUGUAUGUAUACAGAUGUAUACAAAUGUUAUCAUAGUACUAAAACUAGUGAUCGGGUUCAAUUACAAUGUUGUAUACCGUCAA